UAUAACCGUGUAAUUUCUUAAAAUGAAUGCAGAUAGCGGUACCGAACAGGAAUUGCACUGUAAAUAUUACGAGAUAAGUGAGGUUAGAUUUGGUUUCAGCUAGAAUCAAUUGAGAUUUGUCAAACCUUUUUUUGAAUCGUCAUUAUAAUAAAAAUGACGACGUCUUUUCAAACGCAACUCUUGAACGUUUUAGGAAGUAAAACAAAAUAUCUGGCCGAAUUAAAAAAGGCAUUCGCGCGUCCGUUAAUACAACUUGCUGUGAAAGCAAUAGAAUUGGAACAUAUAGAAGAAGGUGUACUAGAGCGAAUAAGUAAAAAAUAUAACAUACCUGAAGAACAGGUGGAUGAAUAUUAUGCUGCCAUUUUCACAAUUUUGAAAAUGCAUCUACGUUCACAGUGCCAUAAUGUUAAACAAGUGGAGUUCAAGCAAUGCUUAGAAGAAUUGAAAUUAACUUCGGACUGUAUCGAAGAUUUGUCUUCUGUGCUUUAUGGUCCAAAGCGAACAGAUCUAUUAUCAGGCCUAAUUCAAAGAACAAAGUUUAAUGCACAGUUGAUAUCCUGCAGAUGGCGUGUGGAUAUUACUAUUUCCUCAAAUCUAUUAAACAGAGUACUAGAACCAAAUAUCGUGAUGGAAUGGAUCUUGAAUACAGGCGAAUGUGUGACGUUUGAAUUGUCUUUGGCAAAGUUUCAUCAAUUGAGGCAUACUAUAGCUACUGUACUUAUGGAAUUGCAAGCAUUAGAACGACACAACAUUUUUAAAACUAUUCAAUCCAGUUGACAUUAAGAUAGUUUAUUACUGAGAGUGAUUUUGAGACAAGUUUUAAGAAUUACUCUAUAACAAUUCAUUAAUUCUUCUAAAAUAUAAGGAUAUAUCUUAAUGGAUAUUGUGUUUUUAUA